UUUAAUGCCUCACUCUGAGCUCCCUCACACAUUAUUUAUCAUAUAUCACUCUUCCUCACCUUCACAAUGAAGCUGCUCAUUCUUGGGUUCAUGCUGCAGGCAUUUGGAUACCUGGCCAUUGGAAAGGUGGUAGAGUCGUUUAAGGAUUCAUGUCCUGAUUUCUUCAUCAAUGAUCCGUCAGACCAAAAUGUCCACUAUCCUCCCACUGUUCUUUAUGAUAGCCAAAAUCCAAAUAGAUACAAGCAGAUUUGUCAGCAAUGGAACAAUGAAUACAGAUAUGCCACUCUGUAUGACACGAAGGGCAGGAUCCCAGUGUACUCUGCUUAUUACUAUGUAGGAUAUCACAAGGUAGACAAAGCUGAAUGGAAGAUUGAGCCACAGCUUGAUGACCCCAAUCUAGGACCUGAUAUGGAACGAGAGAACACCAUACAGACAAAAGACAAAGGCAAAAACCAGGCACUGUAUGGUGACUAUGCAUUUCACACAAAAGAUUACACCAGGGGCCACCUUUACCCACGUUGCCAUAAUAACGAUCAGGACUGUGCCAUCGCUACCUACACACACACCAAUGCUGUACCACAGACGCAAGCCGACAACAAUGACUGGGCUCACAAUGUGGAGCGGAAGAUAGAGAAAAUCAUACAGGACAACUGUGACAAGGGCUUUGCACAUGUUGUGACUGGAGCAGUGCCUGGACAGUUCUGGCUGGACAUCAAGAGAGAUAACAUCCCUGUCAAAGAAGGAGUCAACAUCCCUGAAUAUUUCUGGACCGCCUACUGCUGCCAUGACAAUGAAUCGAAUGCUCUCUUGUCAGGUGCCUGGCUGGCCAAAAGAAACCAUAAAGGACUGGUGGUGUGGAAGAAGACGGUGAAGCAGCUAGAGGAGGAACUCACCAAACUCUAUGGAAACAUAGAAGGAGAAUUCAUCAUGUUUGGAGGGUUGUGCCAAGGGAGAAUCAUAAGCAGAUUUUACUACGCUCUGACUAACCUGUAUUUCAACUUUUUUAGUAAUUAAACAUUAACCCGUUACAAUUAUCCCAGUAUAAUACUAGCAAAGCACAACUGACUAAGGUUUUGUCCCUGCACCACUUACAGCAACCUUAAUCCAAGGGGUCAUUCUUUUUGAUUUGAUGGCAAACUUUUAAAGGAACCUGAAAUUCAUAUAUAUCUGAUAGAACUGCUUUGCAGUUAAUAAUAAUAAUAAUAAUAAUAAUAAUAAUAAUACAUUUACAGGGAAGAGUUUUCACUAAAAUAUAACAUUUGAUAUGCCACAUUUAAAUGGGGUUUUAUGUAGCCAGCUACUCCAUCUGCACAUGACAGCUGAUUAAACUUUGUUACUUUCUGCCAGAGAUGGGUAGUAAUGUGCUACAUAUACUUUGUUACAUUUACUUGAGUAACAUUUUGAAAAAAAAGUACUCUUAAGAGUAGGUUUAACUGGUCAUACUUAUACACUUACACAAGUUCCUUUUUAAUCACAGAAAUGUACUUUUACUUCACUACAUUCUGUGGCAUUCCUCCGUUACUCUUAAAUGUUAAUGAAUAUAUUUAGUUUUAAUCAUUUGUUUAUAUCACGUAUAAUGAGGUCUCGCCAUACGCUGCAGUGGUCUGAAUGCGGACGCAACCGCUCACUUUUUUAGAGGCUCAGACCUGGAGAGGGGGAAGAAGCAAGCGUGUCAAGGGAGGAAGGACACACACACACACACAAACAUAAUAACACAGACAAACACACACUUUCUCUUCUGUUCUAUUCCAUAGUCUGUUCUUUUGUUCUCUGUUUUCUUGUUUAAAUGCAGAUGCUGACAAGUUUGUGUUGUUAACAUGUUGUGAAAAUAAAGACAGUCAACUGUUGAAAA